GCUGGGGUCCCGCUACGCUUCACUUUCCUUUUCUCUCUCUCUCUCUCUCACACCCACACACACACACACACACACACACAUACACGCACACAUUCCUCUACAGUCACUGCGAGGGGCCGGCGCAGAGCAUGCUAGAAGCCCAGAGCAAAGUCAUUCAGUCGCACGGUCACACACAGAGGAAACAUAGAGAGAGAGAGCGCCAGGGGAGGUCUGACAACACUCCAGACUACAUCUUCAUGGACGCUGUCUUGCUUUCUUCAUAACUGCUCAGCUGUGUUUCACAUGCAGUUUCUCAAGGCUUCAGUUCUUCCCCAGAAGACCAAGUAGAUAUUAGUGUUUUGUGAGCAGGUGACAGGAUUGAUAAUGACCUCCAGGCAACGGUCCAGUCCGGACGUGAUCACGUCGUCCCAACAUCUCUGCUCGCACUGAUUCCACCUGACUAAAGGAACCGACUGAACCCUUGAACGAACUUUGAUAUUUGCGACCUCCUCCAGCUCCAGCCAUGUGGUUUGUGUGGCGCUGCGCGUCCCUGGCGGCGCUGCUGGUGGUGGCAGACUGUGGUGGAGCUGAGCAAAGAAGAGCAGCAGAAGAAGGACUCAGAAGCUCCACGCCGAAAGCCACCGGCAACAGCAGCAGUGGUCGGAAAUAUCACCGGAUCCAACACGGACAGUGCAGCUACACUUUUAUCCUUCCGGAGGGCGAUGGAGGAGCUUGUCGAGAGUUUAAAGCGGGCACGACGUACAAUGCCAACACACUUCAGCGGGACGCACCUCAACCUGAAGCCGACCUCUCCAACCAGAAGAUCCAGCAGCUGGAGCACGUCAUGGAGAACUACACGCAAUGGUUGCAAAAGAUUGAGAACUACGUUAAAGACAAUAUGAAGACAGAGAUGGUGCAGUUACAACAGAGUGCUGUCCACAACCACACGGCGGCCAUGUUAGAGAUGGGCACCAGUCUUCUCUCCCAAACAGCCGAGCAGACGCGCAAGCUGACCGAUGUCGAGACACAGGUUUUAAAUCAGACGUCACGGUUGGAAAUUCAGCUGCUGGAGAAUUCACUAUCAACCAACAAGCUGGAGAAACAACUUAUGAUACAGAUCAAUGAAAUCAACAAGAUCCAUGACAAGAAUGGGUUUCUGGAGGUGAAGAUGCAGGAGAUGGAGGACAGGCACCGGGAGGAGCUGGAGGCCGUGAGGGAGGAGAAGGUCAGUCUGCAGGCGCUGGUCAGCAGGCAGAGCGCAGUGAUCCGGGAGCUGGAGGCUCAGCUGACCCGAGCCAGCGGGAACAGCAGCGCCCUGCAGAGACAACAGCAGGACCUGAUGGACACCGUACGCAACCUCCUCAGCCUCUGUGCAAAGGAUGGAGGCACAGCAUUGGUGCCAAACAGCACAAAACAAGCUGACGAGGAGAGGAAGUUUCGGGACUGUGCCGACCUCUAUCAAGCGGGUUUCCAGAAAAAUGGAGUUUACACGAUCAACAUCAGCCCACAGGAGACCAGGAAGGUGUACUGCAACAUGGAGUCUGCGGGCGGAGGCUGGACCAUCAUCCAAAGACGAGAAGACGGCAGCGUGGACUUCCAGAGAACAUGGAAGGAAUAUAAAAUGGGCUUUGGGAGCGUGUCGGCUGAGCACUGGCUGGGAAACGAGUUUGUGUACAUUCUGACCAAUCAGAGGCAGUUUGCCCUCCGUGUGGAGCUGACCGACUGGGAUGGACACCAGGCCUUCUCUCAGUAUGACAGUUUCCACAUCGACAGUGAAAAACACAAUUACAGGUUGUUCCUGAAGAGCCACAGCGGGACGGCGGGCAGGCAGAGCAGUCUGGCAAUCCACGGCGCUGACUUCAGCACUAAAGACAUGGACAAUGACAAUUGCACAUGCAAGUGUGCGCUGAUGCUCAGCGGGGGAUGGUGGUACGAUGCCUGCGGUCCAUCCAACCUGAACGGUGUGUACUACAGACAAGGACAACACGUCGGAAAAUUCAAUGGAAUCAAGUGGCACUAUUUCAAAGGCCCGAGCUACUCUCUCCGAUCCACGGUCAUGAUGAUCCGACCGGUCGACUUCUCGUAGUCCAAAAACACUUUGGAGAGGUGUUAUUUUUUCAGCCCAUGACAUUAUCAAGUAACGCUGCUCACCAUGUGUAUAAAUGCAGCAUUCAUUUGAGAUAACACUCCUCCUGGAAACAGGAAUCCUGUGAAUACGAGGCCGUCCUGUCACCUUCGUGAAGAGAUGGAAAGCUUCCUGGGAAUUUAGGGCAGGAGAUGACUUGGCUGGGCUUUUAUUUUUAAAUAUCAGAGGUAUGAAUUCAAGUGCCAUUCACUUGUCACUCAGGACCCGUGGACUGCUCAUGCAGACACAUCACCUUUGAUGGAAGCGCGACGCCUAGCAAUCGCCCUGCGCUCGUCCGGCUUUCCAGUCUCCAAGUGAAACUAAAGCAGCUUGAAUGUCCUUCAGUAUCAUAAAAGGACUUAUUAAUGUCUAAUACAAACGUGUUGCACAGUUAUAUUUGGGUUAUGAUACUUUGCUUCACAUUUUUAUGCUCUUUUUUUAUCCCAGUAUAUUAUUACUUUUUUUAUUUUGUACAUUAUAUCUGUCAAAGUGAAGAAAACCAUAGCAUGCAGCAUUAGAGGUGACUUACAGUGCUAUUUACAAGGAAUAUUUUCAGCAAAGAAUAGCACAACCAAAAAAAAGUUAUUCUUACGCAGUAAUUUUGUCUUGCUUUUCACAAAAUUAAAAAAAAUUCUUAAAUCAAGAUACUUGAGAAGCAAAAUGACUGAAAAAAAACAUGAAAAUGAAGUGAGUUUGCGCUUAAAACAAGACCAAAUAUCUGCCAGUGGAUUAAAAGGGAAAACAAGAUUAUUUUUCUUGACAUUUGUUCCUGUUUUAAGCACAAACACACUUAAUAUUCAUGAUUUUUUUUUUUCAGUAAGUCAUUUUGCUUCUCCAGUAAAUGCAUCUUAAUUUAAAAACGUGGAAAACAAGUAUUAUUAAAGGCUUUGAACUUCAUAGCGUGGCAUCAAAUUUUGAAUGCAUGCCAAAGAUCACAGCUAUUAACGAUAAUACCAUAAAAAUAUUAAUCGUCGUUACAUCUGAUGGAGUACAGCCAAUGGCACAUACGGUACUGGUGCAGUAUAAUACAAAUAAUACUGUUUUAAUUCAUUAAUUUCAUAUUGUCUUAUGCGAGUUUGUCAUAUUAAGAAUGUUUUUUCAGUUGCUCUUCUCAAAGCAGUGUUAUAAUUACCGACAAGCUUGGAUGAUCUUUUAAAUUUAUCCUUAAACCUAAGGUUUGCAGAAGUGUUUAAUAAUUGUGAAUGACUGUAUUAUAGAAAGGAAUGGAGUCAGAUAAGUGCCUGAUUUUGAUUUGUAUGUGAAGUUUAUUUGUUUGCGGUUUUAGGGCCGGAUCACACAGAACACGUUUUUAAUUGCGCCACUUUUAACUGUUUUUGUACGUAAACAUGUGCUAGACUGGCGUCUUUGCUGCUUUUUGUUUUGCACUGAAACAGCAGCCGUUAUUAACAAGCCAUGCAUGUGAAGUUAAGUUCAAGUUCUUUUCCAUUCUCCCAUUUUUAAUUUCACUUCGCUGCUUUUUAAUCAUUUCAUAAACAUGCACUAGACGGAUAUAUUUGACGUUACGCUUCGUCAUUCUGCUUUGUCAGCGUUUUCCACAUGAUCAUCGUGUCUUUGAGUUAAAAAAAAAUCAACUUUUAAAUUUGACCGACACCUUGCUUUCUUUUCUAUAACGCUUCAUCUCACGUGUUCUUGUGAACGGCCCAUUAGGACUUUCAGUAACAGUUUACAGUAAGGUUCCAUUUGUUGAAAUGCAUUAGUUAACAUGAGCUUACAAUGAAAAAUAGUUAUUCUAUUUAAUUCACUUGAAAUAACAUGCAAUGAACAGUUGCAUUUUAUUAACUAACAUUAACAAAGAUUAAUGAACGCUUAAAGUUUAUGUUAGUUAAUGCAUUAACUAAUGGGACCUUUUUGUGAAGUGUUACCACACUUUUCACUAUACAAAUGUAAAUAAAUUUUUUUUAAAAAUCAUUAUUUUGUAAAUGUUCUGACUUUUUGAGCUGGCAGGAUUGUAAAGAGAUGAUAUUUUUAGCUUGCGUACUGCCAUGUUCACAGAAGUCAUUAGAAGUUCUACUCGCUUCUGUCUUUCAUCAAAAAAGUCUGAUAAUAUUCUUCUGUGUCGCUGUAUGUAAGGUUACUACUACUGUCUUCCAUCAAAUAACAACAGAGCAUUUUACUGGAAACAGGUACUUUAUUGUAAAUCCAUAAACUGGCUGGAAAGCUGCAGAAUGGCAUGUUUAUUAUCAUCACACUCCAAAUACUGUGUUCGAAAUUGCUUUUCAGAGGAAAGCACUGCUUUGCUUUUAUUUUUUAUUAGUUCAGAACCAUCAAUGUGUUCUGAAUGAACAAAGAUGUAGCUGAAGUAACAAUAAUGGUAAGGACUUUUUUUAAAACUCAUUUAAAUUUCAUUUGCCAUGUUAUUUAAACACCUCGUCCUUUGUAACAAUGUUCAUGAUGUUAGUUCAAAUAAUAAAAGAAACUGAUGCCUCAA